AUGGCGCCAACAUAUUGUGGCUUGUCGGGUAAACCCCUCGAGUUGACCGUGUCAACUAUAGCGACUAUGGGUUUCCUGCUGUUCGGUUAUGAUCAGGGUGUCAUGUCGGGUAUCAUUGACUCCCGUGCCUUCGCCAGGUUCAUGCCUAUUGUAGAUGGCGACUCCACCAUGCAGGCUUUGGUGACUGCUGUCUACGAGUUAGGGUGUCUGGCUGGUGCCAUGUAUGCCCUGUUCGCGGGUGACAAGCUGGGUCGUCGUCUCAUGAUUAUGCACGGCGCUUUCAUCAUGAUCGUUGGUGUUAUCAUUCAGGUUGCUGCCGUUCACGGCCAAGGUGAAACCGCUCAGUUCUUCGUCGGCCGUAUCAUCACUGGUAUCGGUAACGGAAUGAACACUUCUACCAUUCCUACCUACCAGGCUGAAUGCUCGCGAUCUUCCAAUCGUGGUCUCCUCAUCUGUAUCGAAGGUGGUAUCAUUGCCAUCGGUACAAUGAUCGCCUAUUGGAUUGAUUUCGGUGCAUCUUACGGCCCCGAUGACCUCGUCUGGCGCUUCCCCAUUGCCUUCCAGAUCUUCUUCGGUGUCAUUAUUAUCGUUGGCAUGUACUACCUGCCUGACUCGCCUCGCUACCUCAUCUCCAAAGGCAAGAUCCACGAGGGUGAGUAUGUGCUUGCGGCCCUUGGUGGCUUUGAGAUCGAUCAACACGAGACGCAGAUGCAGAAGCAGCUUGUCAUUGAGUCUAUCGAGGCUGCCGGUGUUGCCAAGGGCGCUGGUUACUCUGAUCUCCUCACCGGCGGCAAGACCCAGCAUCUUCGUCGUAUGCUUAUCGGUUCUUCCGCUCAAAUCGCCCAGCAGCUAUCUGGUUGCAACGCUGUGAUUUACUAUCUGCCCGUUCUCCUGAAGAAGUCCCUCGGCCAGACCGAGUUUAUGUCUAUGCUUAUUGGUGGUAUCAACAUGAUUGUUUACGCCAUCUUCGCAACCUUCUCUUGGUUCUUCAUUGAGAAGAUUGGUCGCCGCAAGCUUUUCAUUGGUGGUAUGACCGGUCAGAUGGUUUCCAUGAUCAUCGUCUUCGCCUGUUUGAUUCCGGAGGAGACUGGGCCUUCCAAGGGAGCCGUCUUUGGUCUUUUCCUCUACAUGUCCUUCUUCGGUGCAUCCAUUCUGCCUCUCCCCUGGCUGUACCCUGCUGAGAUCUCGCCUCUCCGCACUCGUGCUAAGGCCAACGCCGUCUCGACCUGCUCUAACUGGCUAUUCAACUUCACUGUCGUUAUGAUCACUCCCGUCAUGAUUGAGAACAUCUCUUGGGGAACUUACCUGUUCUUCGCUGUGAUGAACGGCAUCUUCAUUCCCCCUAUGAUCUUCUUCUAUCCCGAGACCGCUGGUCGCAGUCUGGAGGAGAUUGACCUUAUCUUCGCCAAGGGUUAUUGUGAGAACAUGAGCUACGUCAAGGCUGCUUACGAGCUGCCCAAGCUCACCGACGAGGAGAUUGAGCAAAAGGCUGCUGAAUACGGGUUCACUUCUAGCCGUCGCCAGGGUGACUUCGAGAAUGCCGGCGAGAAGGGAUCUCGUAGCACCUCCAGUGAUGACAAGAACAUCCACGAAGAGAACGAGAACUACACCGGCCGCCCCUAA